AUGGAUGAUGCAGAAUUUUACGACAGUGACAACGUUGACGAGGAUUUGGAAGCAAAGCUCUAUUCCUUCGUGUACUUCGAUCAAGAAGAGAUUCGUGUUCCGAGUCCCCAGACUGACUCUUCGAAAUUAGACUCAUCUUGUCAGGAGCCCACAGAUACGAAUUUAGCUCAAGACCCUGCUUUACGAACUCCUUUGCCCACUGCAACAAGUCGGGACGUUGGUACACCAUUUUCGUGGAGCUUUCCACCAGGAAUUGAAAAAGGUGUGACUUCCCUCUCGUCAGUGGCAGAUGCUAUCUACUUAACACUAACCGGUGAACUUCCACCAUCCGUACGUGAGUUACAUGUUAUGAAGUCUGGUCGUACACCUCGGAAUAACAAGCCCAUAGCCUCUACCAAACAGUUGCUUUCAUUUGAUGAUGAUAUCAACGUGACCCCAAAUAGAAGCCAAGAAACUGGGAAUAAUGCACAUCUAUCCGACACGUCCUCCAUGGUCUCUAGCAGCAAAAGUGAAGAGAAUGUUUCAUUUACAGUAUCAUCCAAUUCUGAAUCUGAUGACUCAGAUCAUCUGGACUCCAGUGAAGUUGACGUUCCGGACAUUAUCUUGGGGGUAUCUGAUCCCUCUAAGGGUGAUUUUAUCGCAAAUGGAGAUAGUGCUUCCGUUAUUGCCGACAUGCUUCGUAACACCAGUUCUGAACCAGAAAAUUGGUACUUGGAUGUUGGCGACAGGAUUCCUCUCUCAGUUCGUAAUAGACGAUAUUGUGAUAAUUAUCAGAACGAUUCUUGUCGUAUUUGUUUCGCAAAAGGCCAUUUAGCUUUCGAGUGCUGGCGGGACUGCCGGUGCCCCCCAUUCAGCGGUGCGUCACUAGUUAAAACCUCUAUUCGGGUUUACGACAAGCACAACGUGUACGCACAAAGAAGGGCUGUGGACCCUUCCAGGACUCUCAAAAAGGUUGGUAGGAGGAUGCCCCGUCAUAGUCAGCGCCAUGAGAACGGUUCCAGCGUUUUGAUUGCGGGCAAAAGAUCCAGCACCUCCGAACUCGAACAUAUUUGCUUCAAGAAGAAGCCGAAAAUCGUAAAGCGCAAUCUGACCAAAACAAAGCGACAAGAUGACACACACGGUCUCAGUAAGCUCGAAGUAAAGAAACGGAGGCGGUUAGAAAAAGCAGAAAGGCGGGUUGAACGAAAGUUGUUUGAACAAGUCCUGCAUCAGGCGGGAUCAACUCGGAAAGUUAGGAAAGCCUCUUUACAGUCCCUAAGCGGGUUCGAUGAGCCUGAGUAUUGUCCAUUCAAUUCGUCCUUGAAGUUUCGUCAUAGCCUUCCCCCUAAAUUAUGUGGACAAACGAGGUACCCUGAUGGAAAUCCAUCCGGCGACAGUGGAAACACAAGGUAA